AACCACGGAAAAACAGCUGGCGGUGCUCCUGCCCGGAGCUUUAAAAACACGGGGGGAAAAACAAACCAAAAGCCGGAGACUUCCUUCCGGGAGGUGGCAGCAGCUGCAGGCAUCCAGGAGGUACCCUUCAAUGGAUAAAGCAGGGGAAGGAUGGAUCCAGAAAUCUCCAUCUUGUUCCAGUGCCCAUCUCCCAACGGAAUCGCGGAAUCUCAGGUCCGAGCUGAGGUCUCCCCUCGCUACGACCGGCGGUUGCUCCCUGGGGACCAGCUCCAGAUUGAGACCGCUUGGGAGGCCCGUCGCCAGGAAAGCCCCUGGCUCUUUGAUGGAUCCAAAUUCCGCCUCAAUUCCUUGAGAAUCGAUGAGGGUAUUGUGACUUUCUGCCUUGGGCUCACCUGCUACAAGGACUUUGUGGGUACCAAUCUCUCCAAGACAGCAGGACAACUCCAGGAACGAGGGCGCCAAGACUUCGGAGACAGCCAGGCCUAUCUUGCCCAUCCACUGGGGGUUGGCGCCAUGUUGCACAUGGCAGAUGAUCAAUUUGUCUUCUUGCGGCGGAGCCUGUGUGUUGCCGAGGCACCUGGGAAGAUGGAUAUUCCAGGGGGUCAUCCUGAACCACAGGUAGUGAAGGACCAAACUGCCUCAGAGGGACCCAUCUGCCACCAAGACCUUCGGGGAGAAUUGGUGGUCCAGGAGUUGUUCUCCGCUGUGCUGCGAGAGAUCCAGGAUGAGGUGAACCUUCCCGCGUCUUCACUGAGCAGGCCAGUGUUGCUCGGGAUAGCUCGGAACGAGACCAGCGCCGGCCGCUGUAGCGUGGAAUUCUAUGUCAGGUGCAGCCUGACGUCUGAACAAGCAAAGCACUGCUACGCUAUUGGAGGUCCUGAAGCUCACGAAUCCACCAGCAUCAUCUUUAUCAAAAGAGAGGAUGUCCUGACUCUGGAGCAGAAUGGGGAGCUAUGGAAAGAACUCUGCCCAUCAGCCAAGGGAGCCGUCAGGCUCUAUACGGUGGCAAAUGGCUACACAAAGCACCAGCUGCCCCCCAGUCACCAGCUGUUCUUUGGGAAAAGCGUGGAAGUUCCACCAGAAGUACGAAGAGAGGGUUCUCUGCCCACACACCACCCUCAAACAACAAACCAGUAGACACCUGCUUUAACUCUUUGCCAGCAGUGCUGCUGGACCCUAUUGUUAACCCAUUUCUCAAUAAAGAAUGUGUAUUUUUGAAA